AUGCGAGCAUAUCAAGAAAAGCUUGCAGAUAAAGAUGAUAUUAGAAUGGAUCAUGAUCAUUCGUUUCCAUUGCAAACUUUAGAAACAAAAAAAAGACCCAUUAUCGGAGGACGGCGGCAUUUUGCGGUGAACCAAGACAUAAGUUCAGACUCCGACGAAGAGGAAAAUGCAUUUUUUGCGGGCGAGCGUCAGAAAAUCAGCAAUUUAGAGAGGAACAAGCAUUCCUUUACUGAGACAGCUAAGUCUGGUUUAGAAGCUGAAAUUGGACGACGCCAAGAGUACGCAUUGGAAACGGUUGACCAAGCUACAAGCUUAUCUGAAAAGCCCUGUGUUGUACAUCUGGAUGGGAUUGCUAAACAGACAUCUGCAGCAACCUUGAAAGAAGCUUUAGGCGGACGCGACUUUGUGAUUGCUACUAAUGUCUUUUCACCUGAAGGAAAUUAUUCAAAAGGAAUAUCUGUUUUUCGCAAUGAAAAGUUUGCACGAGACGCUAUACGACGUUUGUCUACUAAACCGGUGGAUGGAAGUUACAUAUCAGCUGCCGUUGGAACAACAGAAGCAAACGAUGAUUCAAUAUUUUCUACCCAACGAAAAGAGCUUGAAAAAAAGAAAGAGAAAGAUAAGAAUGCUGUGUCAGUAGAGCAUCUGUCAACUCUAGACAAAGCUAAAUUGGAAUGGUUAUUGUCGCGCAUGAGUUGUGAAAAAGGAUCUAUAGCAAAUGUUUUAUGCUUUGCCAUCGAUUAUAUUUCUGAAACAAUCGUGCAAGAAUUACUGAAAGACGAGGAUGUCAAUGAGGAAAGAAUAAACGAUAAAUCCACUUUGGAAAAAGGGGAGAGGAAAUUGGGAUUAUUAUAUGUGAUCAAUGACCUAUUGUUUAACGGGAUAUCUGGAGUGCCGCUGGUUUGGCGAUAUCGAAUUAGUUUGGAACCAUCUAUCAGUUCUAUUUUUGAUCAUUUAUACGCUUUUAGUCGACGGCUAGGAGGUCGUCUAAAGAUGGAUAUGUUUUGUAAAAAAGUUGCACAAGUUAUAGACGUUUGGCGGAUAGCUUUUCCAGAAGAAGUUUUGGAUUCAGCGUGGGAAAUGUUUAAGAGUAAAGAUACCGAAGCAUCUAUCCGGGCGCUCAACCGAACACCGACAGCUGCUGUUCAUGAAAAUCGAUGGGCAACGGCCGCAGCUGAAAUAGAACAAGACCAAGAUGAUCAAGAAUACAACGGGAAUCCUGUGAAUGUAUCAGAGCUUUUGCUAGAAAAAGAAAAAGAAUAUCUUCAGCAUGAAUACGAAAGGCAUGACCUAGAUCAGAAUGCUCCAUCGUCAAGUUCCUCGGCACGUGUUGCUUCUUCCUCUACUCCAGAGGAACCUGACGACAGUGUGAAAGCUAAAUUCAAGCCCAGCUUUACUAAAGGUACAUUCGUGUCACGAAAAAUGCGAAUGCAUGCUGAGGAUUUGUUUUGA